AUGAGUCAGAAAAGACUAAUACAUAAACAGGCCAGGCACAUACAACGUGUGAAUGCCCGGACCACAUCCAUAGUGCAGCAAGAGAGACUGCAGAAGAAGACAAGAUUGGUGUUGCUGUCAAAUCAUUUUCUGCGAGGAGAGAACAGAGGAAGGUAAUUUCAGAAAAACAGACUGAGAGUUAACAUGGGAUGGACAAUCUAACAACAACCAAGAUUGUCAAAGCUGGUGGCGGUGGGGGCACUGGUGGCAAGGUUGUCACUGAAACAGUUACCACAACAAGCCGGUUGACAUCACUGCCUCCAAAGGGCACUACUAGUUCCGUGGUGUCCAGUCAAAAGACCGUGUCCACCAUUAGCUCUUCGAGUGGAGUCGAGAGGAAAGUCAUCAGUCAGUCACAGGGUGGCGGCAGUAGUCAUGCUCUAACAUCAACUUCAGGAGGCCUCUCACUGACCAGCGGAGGAGGAGAGUCUGCCACUGCCGCCACAGGUGGAAGCAGUUCAGUGCUGGUUUCCUCAUCUUCCAGUAGUUCCCCCUUUGUUGCAGCCAGGUCCGGGGGCGGAGCAAAGUCUGAGUCCGGAGGGGGAUCCAUCAGCAAAUCAACCGCCAUUACUACUGUGGAGUCUGUAUCCGUUGCUUCUUCAGGGGCCACUGGCCAAGCUUUGGGGUUUUCAGGGGCAUCGUUCGGGGCCAGUAAAUCCGGUGGCCCCCUUUCUGUCUCUGUGGGUGGUCUGAGCUCGAGCUCCAGUUUCGUCCCUGGUUCCAGUUCUGGCUUUGCCUCUAGUUCUGGCACCGAAAGUGGAGGAGGGGGUUCUUCUAGUGGCAAAAUGUCGUCCGUGGGCUUGGGCUCUGUGAGCGUUUCCGCGGUUACCAAGUCCAACUACAGUUCGUCUGCAGGGGAGGGGUCAGGGGGCGGGAGGAGAGGUCGAGCUCAGGGGUCUCUAUCCUCUGCUGUCAGCUACUCCCCCAACACCUUGGAGAGAAAAAGUAUGACCACCCGCUCCGUGGCCUACGAAGGAUAUUCCAGUGAAAAUUCCUCUCCGGAGUACACAAGGAAAGAAUAUGCCGUGGCCAGUGCAGCUGCCAGUCCAUCCACCAGAGGUCGGGCUCAUAGCAGAGAAAGUGAGAUCCGUUGCAGACUCCAGAGUGCCUCACCCACCUCUAAUCGAUGGACGGAGCUGGAUGACGUGAAGCGUCUGCUGAAGGGAAGCCGUUCCGGGAGCGUCAGCCCACCUCGCUCCCCCGCUGGUACCCUCCCCAUCCCCAGGAAAGCCAACAUGGAGACCAGGACUGAAAACGCCCCGUCAGGCCAUUAUGAAAGUGCCACCCUGGACUCGAGCGCGCCCUCCUACGUGUGGUCGGGUUCCUCUGCUGGAGGCUACGGUUACCAUACCAACCCUGUGAACCUGUCCCCCACCUUUCAGCAUGCGCCCAAUGGACUGACAGGACUUCAGAACAACAUGGCCUUCUGUUCUCCAUCCAUGAACUCUGGACUCUCUGCAUCCAGCACUGUGUACGGCAUGCAGAAUAACCUCGCCAACGGCAAUGGCGGCGUCCUCGUGGCUAAUGGAGUCAGCGCACAAACAGUCUACGGUGUGCAGAAGAAUGUCACCAGUACCGGAGUGUCCACGUCCCCAGUGGCCCCCAGCAGUCCUUCGGGUGACAGCGUCUUCGCCAAAGACUACAAGUUCCUGCUGUUGGAGAAAGAGAACGCUGCAGUCAAGAAAGAGACAGAGAGACUCAUUACGGCCAAAGACACCGGAAAACAGUUCUCCCCUGCUGUCACACCUAUUGCCUAUUCAGACGACUCACUGAAGAAGGAGAAGAAGAAGGUGUCCAGCUCUAUGGAGACAGCUACAGUCAGAACUACAGAAACUGGCGCUGGGUCCUUGCUGAAAGUGUCUACGAAAGACAAGGCAACCUACGCAGAGAUCCGUAAGGAUGAGUCCGGAGGAGGUCUUGGCUUCUGCUCCUGCUGCUCCUGGUGGAAGUGGCUGCUCGGCCUCCUGUUGGCUCUCCUGUUUCUCCUUGGGCUUCUCGUUGGACUAAUCACCCUGGCUGAAGAAGUCAAAAAUCUUAAAGCUCGCGUGGAUGUCUUGGAGGGUUCCUCCACGUCUUCCUCCGCCCGCACCAGCCGCCUGUCCUCCUCCCCGGACGUCAACGUCAUAGAACCCCUGAAGUCCUCCUAUGCAGACAGGACGCGAGGAGCCGUCGUUGGCCAGGGCCAGGACGCUGGAGCUCUGGACACGACAAUAAAGCAGAUAGUCAGGGAUGAGCUCCAGUCCGAUACUGUGCGAGCACAACUUGCGUACUCAAUGAAAGGAGAGAGAGGAGAGCCUGGGACCAAAGGGGAUCAAGGUGCUCCAGGAAUCAAAGGUGAUAAUGGUUUCCCUGGCCUACCAGGUCCUCCAGGUCAGAUGGGUCAUGAAGGACAUGAGGGCCCUCGGGGACCCAAAGGAAAUGCAGGUGAAGCUGGUGCAGAGGGCAACCCAGGGCCGAGGGGCCGAGAUGGGCCCACUGGGCCACGUGGUGAGCCAGGUCCCCAAGGGUUUGGAGAGAAAGGCGACAAAGGUUCUCCUGGAGAACCUGGAAGCCCUGGACCUGCUGGGCCCAAAGGGUCAGUGGGCGCUCAGGGUUCUGUGGGUAUCCCAGGUACCCCUGGACCACAGGGUUUCCGAGGUGAAGCAGGGACUCCAGGACCUAAUGGUGAGAAAGGACCUGCUGGACCUCCAGGAAACAAAGGCGAGCCAGGAGAGAAAGGACCCAGAGGACCAUCAGGUGACCCAGGUCAAAGAGGACUUCCUGGACCAGAAGGGGCAAAGGGACCCAAAGGACCUACUGGUGCUCCUGGGGCGGACGGGGAAAAGGGAUCCAGAGGUGACAAGGGAUUAGAUGGUUUGCCAGGUUCCAGAGGACCCACAGGACCUCCUGGAGAUACAGGUCUUCCAGGAAUUCCAGGGCUUCAAGGUCCACCAGGUAUACCAGGGAAUCCUGGUCAACCCGGAGCUAAAGGCGAUACUGGGGACCCUGGUAGACUCAUCAACGCAGCUGGUUCCAAUUCGUUGGCCAUCCCUGGACCUCCGGGCAACCCUGGACCCCCUGGUACUGCCGGUGCCCCUGGACUUUCAGGUCCUGUUGGCCCUGCUGGUCUUCCUGGAACACCUGGUCCCAAGGGAGAAAGGGGAGAGCCAGGAGAGAAGGGAGACCAGGGAAGGCCUGGUAUUACUGUGAAGACUGUGGAAAGUGCCACCACUGAGAAACUUACCCCUGUGGCAGGUCUUCCCGGCCCACCUGGAGCCCCUGGACCCCCAGGUGCCCAGGGUCCUCCAGGUAAUGGUGUCCCAGGUCCCGCAGGUCCUCAAGGAGCACCAGGUGUUGGUGUUCCUGGCCCCCGUGGAGAGAAGGGAGAGCCUGGCAGCUUCGUACCCAACUCAGGAACCUUCUUCGCUGGGCCACCAGGACCUGCUGGACCAACAGGACUCCCAGGACCCCCAGGAUCACCGGGAUCCCCGGGCUACCAAGGUGAUCCAGGUCAGCCUGGUUUACCAGGAGCUCCUGGAGAACCUGGUGCUGGUUUCCCUGGACCUCAGGGAGAACCGGGCGGUCCAGGUCCAUUAGGACCACCAGGGCCCCAAGGUCCAGAAGGCCCCAAAGGUGAGGCAGGUGUUCCAGGUUCUCCAGGAAUCCCUGGAUAUUCUGGUGGCGGAUCCAGGAGUUCCCCUGGACUACCAGGCCCACCUGGACCUCCUGGGGCCCCCGGCCGUGAUGGUUCCGGAGCACCGGAUGUUCGUGAUUACAUCACUGAAUACCUCAAAAGCGAUGCUGUCAGGGAGUACAUGUCAGGCCCUCCGGGACCUCCUGGUCCACCCGGACCCCCAGGCGAUGGAUCAGUGGACGAUCUUGCCAAUCGCGUCAUUACAUACAUCCAGAACGGAGGUAUCGCCAGCGGGGCACCUGGGCCUCCAGGACCACCUGGUGCUCCGGGUGGAGGUGGCACCUCGUUGAAUGACAUCAUCUCCCUUCUGCAGAGGGAGGAAGUGCGGCGUUACAUUGUCGGCCCCCCUGGCCCCCCUGGACCACCUGGUAUCCAAGGGAACCCAUGGGUGGGAAACUAUGCCUUGAAUACCCACGAGGUAGCCGGACGAGUCCUCACUCUAAUGAACGAGAAGGGCAUGGUUGGUGUGCCAGGGCCUCCAGGAGCACCAGGCCCACCAGGCUUACCUGGGUCCUACAGUGACAUCUCUCAUCUGCUGCAAAAUUCUGAGUACAGAGGCGGUUUGGGCACUCAGGGGCCUCCUGGUCCUCCCGGUCCCCCGGGCCCCAUUGGCCCCCAAGGCCCUGUCGGUCCCCCGGGACUUGCCCAGCAUAGUGGCUCUGGGUACAGGUUGGAGGAGAUCAAAAACUACCUACAUACUGUAUCAUCCCCCUUAGGAUCUGGUUUUAGAGGCCCUCCUGGACCCCCCGGGCCCCCUGGUCCUGAAGGUCCUGAAGGUCCCCCUGGGGUGUCCCGAGGAUUGGUAUCAUACGCCUCCAAUCCAAACCAUAGAGAUCAACUACGAACAGAGCUACAGCAGUUCAUAAAGAGUGAUGGUCUAAGAGGGGCUAUGUUUGGUCCCCCAGGCCCCCCAGGACCCCCUGGACCACAAGGACACAAGGGAGAGCGUGGUGACCCUGGGCACAACCACUCUUUUGACCACAGGACAAGUGAGGGAAGAAGGCUGACUGAAACUGAAACAGACUACUCUAAAAUGGCGGUCCAAGUGACUGACUACAUGAGGUCCCGUGGUUUGCUGAGAGACGUGGUGUGCGACGCCUGUCAGCCGGACAAGUCAACAGCAGUCACCGGACCCCCGGGACCUCCUGGCCCACCCGGUGAACCAGGCUUCAGUCGUGUGUUUGGUUCCUAUAGUAAUGCCACUGACCUGGUUGAAUACAUCCGGGCCCACGGCAACGUGGUAGGCCGCCCCGGAAGGCCGGGGCAGAAAGGAGAGAUGGGACACACAGGUCCCAAAGGAGAGAGAGGAUUGGAUGGCAUCCCAGGAAGGACCGGCCACCCCGGGAUUGAAGGGAAGAGGGGGGAGAAAGGGGAGAAAGGGGAAUACAUGCUGGUGACCCAGAGAAGAAGAAGGAAUGUUGGCGUCUGACAGAAUAAUUACUGCAUAUUCUCACUAAAGGU